AGCGCAGGCGGGCGCGGGCGCAGGCCCGCACGGUCCCCGCCCGAGUGCGGGAUGGCGGCCAGCCUGUGGAUGGGAGACCUGGAACCCUACAUGGAUGAGAACUUCAUCUCUAGAGCCUUUGCCACCAUGGGGGAGACCGUGAUGAGCGUCAAAAUUAUCCGAAACCGCCUCACAGGAAUCCCAGCUGGCUACUGCUUUGUGGAAUUUGCAGAUUUGACCACAGCUGAGAAGUGUUUGCAUAAAAUUAAUGGGAAGCCCCUGCCAGGAGCCACACCUGCAAAACGUUUUAAACUGAAUUAUGCCACUUACGGGAAACAGCCAGACAAUAGCCCUGAGUACUCCCUCUUUGUCGGGGACCUGACCCCAGACGUGGAUGAUGGCAUGCUGUAUGAGUUCUUUGUCAAAGUCUACCCCUCCUGUCGGGGAGGCAAGGUGGUUUUGGACCAGACAGGCGUGUCUAAGGGCUAUGGUUUUGUGAAAUUCACAGAUGAAUUGGAACAGAAGCGAGCCUUGACGGAGUGCCAGGGAGCAGUGGGACUGGGGUCUAAACCUGUGCGGCUGAGUGUGGCCAUCCCUAAAGCGAGCCGUGUAAAGCCAGUUGAGUACAGCCAGAUGUACAGUUACAGCUACAACCAGUAUUACCAGCAGUACCAGAACUACUAUGCCCAGUGGGGCUACGACCAGAACACAGGCAGCUACAGCUACAGCUACCCUCAGUAUGGCUACACACAGAGCACCAUGCAGACAUAUGAAGAGGUUGGGGAUGAUGCCCUGGAAGACCCAGCACCACAGCUGGAUGUGACUGAGGCCAACAAGGAGUUCAUGGAGCAAAGUGAGGAACUGUAUGAUGCACUAAUGGACUGUCACUGGCAGCCCCUAGACACUGUGUCUUCAGAGAUCCCUGCCGUGUUGUAGCCAGGACAUAAGGAUGGACUGUCAUCAGGGCUUUUUUUUUUCUUGUGAAGCUUUUAUCUUUUUAAAAAUGGUUUAUAAGAUUUUAAUAAUUUACUGUUUUCUGAGAUUGUGAGCCACUUCUCCACUUGUUAUUUGUUAUGAUUAAGCCGUGAAAGAUAUGGAAGGGAAUUGUUCUAACAGGAACUUAGAUCACGUGACAUUUACAAAAACCUUAGCUGGAGUCCUAGAAAAGUGGCUUAGUGGCCAAGGACACUUAUGAGGACCAAGUUGUUUCCAUGCCAGGCAGCUCUCCUACCCUGCAUGAGACUCCAACUGAAAAGAACCCAAACAUCCACUUCCGUACUCAGAAGCAUUUAGAGAUCACCCAGAUUAUGACACAGGCUCGAUGCUUCUGAUUGCCCACCAGUUUUCCCAGUAAAACAGGUAAUUGUAGUGUAAACCUGCAAUCUCAACCAUGAAUUGGCAGAAUCAAGACUAAAGCCAACAGUCCAAAGCCUCAUUUUAGAGGAUUUUCUGAUUCUGGAAUAUUUGUAAACAUGUAUUAUUUUUCAGACUGUUACUGUGUAUCCCUGCCUCUCUUGUAACUAGCUCUCCACAACCAUGAAUUGUUAAGCAACUGACAGUAAUUGAGAAUGGCUCCCACAGGUUGUUUUAAUUGGCUCAGAGCCAUCACUGCCUGUUCCCAUGCAUCUCCUCUGCUCACAGUAUGGCAUAGCACCUUGGCAUUAAGUUGGUAAGCCCCAGGCAGUGCCUUUUCUUGGGACCUCUACAAUUAUCACUAGCAACCAUGGUACAUUACUCAGAGAGGAAGGGCUUUUUCCUUUAUGCGUUUUCCCUGACUCCUAGUGAGCUUGACUGUCCAAAUAAGCAGUUUGGCUGGGAGACAUGUAAAUCAAGCUCUGCAGUCCCAGAAAGCAGUCCAUAGGAAAUCACCUCCCAACUAAUAAGUUGAAGAUUUCAUUUCAGUUACUGUCCUGGGUUCAGUGGGCACUGAAUUUUGUUUAAUCAUUUUAAAUUACAGAAGAUACUUUCAGAAGUCUUUAUUGAACCAAUUACAUGUUAAAUACCAAAGCAUUUCACUUUUUUCAAGACAGAUCUUUGUAGCCUUUAUUGUCUCAGUGUGGGCCAUCACUGCUGGCUAAUCAGAAAGUUUUAGUAAAAAAAAGCUUCUGCUUGCUUCCAGGGAAGUCCUCUUUUUUUC